AUGGUUGAAGCGCUUGAGGCCAAGAAGCUCAAGGAGCACGCAAAGCUCAAGGAGUAUCUCGCUUUGACUGAUGAGGUUAUCGUGAAGAAGAACGGCAGGGAUUGGAGUCGUGAUGCUUUUGAUCUCACUACCCGAGUACUUCAUGUCAAUCCCGAGUUCUACACAGUCUGGAACUAUAGACGCCACAUCCUCGUUCAUGGGAUCUUCCCCACCAGGUCUGUGCUGUGCACACCUCCCGAAAUCAAUGAGAUACUCACCACCGACCUCUCACUUACGACGGCUCACCUUAAGCAGCAUCCUAAGGUAUAUUGGAUAUGGAACCACCGUCGAUGGUGCCUCGAGAAUGUACCGGUUGGACCCACUGAAGACGAUCCUGAUGGGUGGCGAAGGGCAAACUGGAACAAGGAGCUCUUCGUAGUAGAGAGGAUGCUUGAUGCAGAUGCGCGCAAUUUUCAUGCUUGGAAUUACCGCCGUUAUGUGCUUGCCAGCACGCCAGUGCAGCGGGCUGAGCAAGCAGAAUUGACAUAUACCACCCGAAAGAUAGAAGCCAACUUCUCCAAUUUCAGUGCAUGGCACCAGCGGUCCAAGGUUCUCACCUCACUGUGGGAUUCGGGCAAACUAGAUAUCAAGAAAUCAAAGGAGGACGAAUAUGAAUUAGUCAAGAACGCAAUGUAUACAGACCCGGGCGAUCAAAGUGUUUGGAUUUACCACCGAUGGCUCGUCGAACCUGGUAAUGAUUAUGAGAUUCUACGUCGUGAAAUCACCUCCAUCCAAGAGUUGUUGGACGAGCAACCUGAUAGCAAGUGGUGCAUGGAAUCACUUGUGUUUUACCAUCGGCUGCAAUUGAGGAAUCAUUCUUCUCGCCUGACCGAUACUGACAAGCAAGGCAUCGUACAAAGAUGUCUGCAGUUAUUAAAUGACCUGCAGGCUGUAGACUCACCUCGGCGGCAGCGCUACAUAGAUCUCUCCACUGAGGUGCAGAAGCUGGCCUAG